GUAUACUCAGCGCAGUCGCUUCUUGGCUAUGGAAAAAGCUGCGUCAAGCAGCGAUGCCGCAGCUUCAACAGCAGCGCCUGCAACAACGCUUCCAGCGCCGAUCGCACCAGCACCGCAACAUCCUCCGCCCUUCUUCCCGCUGAGGGACUUUCUAAAGGAGAGUGGUGUUUGCGACCUGCCGCGGGUGCGUGUAAUCGAUGUGGGUGCCAUGUUCCUCAGCGAAGCAGAGGAGAUUUGGCAACCGCUGCAGCGACGUGGGCAUUGUGAGUCAGUCGUGGGCUUUGAGCCCUGCACGGAGGAGUGCGAACGGCUCAACAGCUCAGUGAGCAGCCUGAAAACCUCAGAGGACGGCAGCGACUCCACGGAGUCCACGGCCUUUCGCUUCCUGCCGUGGGCCUUGGGCGAUGGCUCCAGAGGUCAGUUCCGUCGAUGCUCCGCUGCCAUGACCUCCAGCAUGUUGGAGCCCAACAUCCCAUUGCUGCGACGUUUCGUUCAGCUGGAGGAGGUGACCACAGUGGUGGAAAGAAGUGAGAUGGCCACCAGAAGAUUAGAUGAUUUGCUUCCAGAAAUUCCAGGAGGUGGUGUGGAUUAUUUGAAGAUCGAUGUCCAGGGCUUUGAACUGGCGGUUCUUAAAGGUGCUCAGAAAGCCCUGCAGGACACCCUUGUGGUCCACACGGAGGUUGAGUUCGUGGAGAUGUACGAACGACAGCCGCUGUUUGCGGAGGUGGAUCAAUUUUUGAGAGGAAAUGGCUUCGUUUUUCAUCGCUUCUCCUCAGUGCAUGGGAGGCCGAUGAAGCCGCUGCAUUUCGCAGCCAAUCCGCUGCAGCCCAUCUCGCAGCAGCUCUGGGCUGACGCUGUUUAUGUGAAAGACAUGUGGGAGUUGGGCCAAUCUCAGGACAGC